GACGAAAGCACCAACGUUGCUGAAGGUCGAUCCGAGAGAAGCCCGGAGUCCGAUGCGAGACUCCUGCAAGUGCUAUGGACUAGUAGCGGCAUCGGCGGUGUUGAAAAGACGAUUGUUGUACGCAAGUGUGCGAGUACGAACGACCCUGCACGAGGGUUGAGCGGACGCGCCGCCCUUAUCUCCGACUCCCCACCAUUAAUCGCCGCUCCAACAGACAGCAUCGCGGCGUCAAACUGAUCGUAUGCCCGCUGCGCCAAUCACGAUAACAUCAUCAUCAUAACUCUGAUAACAACAUGAGUGCAAUGCUGCAACCAUCGACAAUAUCGUUAUAGUUCAGUGUCUUCUCCGCAAGUUGGACCAAGUGCUAGUGAACUGUUUGGUUGGUGACUCGGUGCUUUUGGUUUCUUUCGGGGAUGUCUCGACGGAAGCAGGCCAGGCCUAUCCGUCUCCUAGAGGACGAGGACCAGCCGCCAAACAACGACACCACCAAAACCAACAACAACAACGAUGGCCUGAACCCGGUUGUGCAGGCCGUAGCCGCACAGCCACAGUCCGAUGCGGCACCCAACGCCACAACAGCCGAUCUACCUGAGGUGCUCAUGUGCCAGCGCUGUCAGGAGCAGUUUACCGAUGUGCGAGAGUACCUCACGCACAAAGCCGAAUGCGAGAAGAAGGCCAUCAAGCACGACGACCCGGCACAUUCCGACCCAGAGGACAUGGUCGUCUCCGAAGAAGACGACGACGAGGAUGACGAGUCUGCGGGCGGUAAGCAAACCGAACGCAUGCGACGUCACCGCCAAGACGCAGCCAACAACAACAGCGUAGAAGAGAAUUCGUCGCCUGACGCCGAUGGACAACGGACCGGGUUCCCUUUUCCAGUGCCGGCCGCACCUGGACACGUCACUCUCGAAGCAUUACAAAACACCAAAGUUGCCGUGGCUCAAUUUGCCGCCACCGCGAUGGCAAACAAUACGGACAAUGAAACCGCACUGCAGGAAUUGGCAGUGCUACAAUCGACUUUGUUUACAUUGCAACAUCAACAAGUGCUACAACUGCAGCUGAUUAAUCAGUUACAGCAGCAAUUAUCGAUCGAUAGAGUCAAAGACGAAGACGGUUCUCCGGUUUCGCCGCCUCCAAGCGAAAACGAAGCGGACAUUGCUCAUGACGAGUUGCCGCCGACACCGCAGACCGUCACAGUAUCGAGGGAAUCCACCCCCGCACUGCCGCCUCCGACUUCGCAGCCCAUGAUGGCCACCCCCACUCACACAGAAUUAAUGCAAGAUGUAAUUUCGUCCGUUCCAACGUCGCUACCUUUGCAGAACCAGCCGCCGAUGCCGUGUUCCAUAUCAUCGUCGUUGGCUUCCACAAUCAUAACCCACAGCAGCGAGCCCUUGCACGAAGAGCCCAACACUCUUGAGAUGUUGCAGAAACGCGCCCAAGAAGUAUUAGACAACGCGAGUCAGGGCUUGUUGGCAACAAAUUUAGCCGACGAAUUGGCGUUCAGAAAAAAUAGGGGCUCGAUGUCGCCGUACGAUUCCAAGGGUCGCAACGAGCCGUUCUUCAAGCACCGCUGUCGGUAUUGCGGCAAAGUGUUCGGCUCAGAUUCUGCAUUACAAAUACAUAUCCGUUCGCAUACCGGCGAGCGCCCCUACAAGUGCAAUGUUUGCGGUAGUCGAUUUACCACAAAGGGAAACUUAAAAGUUCAUUUCCAAAGACACAGUGCAAAAUUUCCUCAUAUCAAAAUGAAUCCUAAUCCGGUGCCGGAGCAUUUAGACAAGUACCAUCCGCCCCUGCUGGCACAAAUGGGACAGCAGCCCUCCUUAUCACCUGGCGGCCCGUCUCAUCCGCCGCAUAUGAGUUUUCCGGGCGCACCGUCCUUUCCACCUACAUCUUUACCGUUGUAUAGACCGCAGGGUCCGCCCCCGCACGAAUUACUUAGCUCAAACAGACUACCACCGUCGCCACAUCAUUUACAAGAAGCGCAGCAAAGGUUGUUCCCACCGCAUCCUUUGUUCAUGAAACGGGAAGAACAGGACAUUCCCGAAAAUUUGAGCAAGCCUCCUAGAUCUCCAACACCAAAUAAAGACCAUCCUAUGACUAAAGCUGAAGAACCUGCCGAAGAAAAACCAACUGAAAUGGGACAGGAAGAGAUUCAGCAACCAAUUAACGUUCCUCAAAUAUUACCAAAACAAGAACCUAGUGAUAUCGAUAAUGAAAACGAUCAAGAGCCUGAAAGAUAUGCAUCUCCCAUACCGUACGAUGAAUGCAGCAACGACAGCAAAUACAGCAAUGAAGAUAUGAUGGAACGUAGAACUCCGGGCAUGGAAAAUCAAGAGAACAUGCAAGAAGAACCGGAAAAUUUGUCGCACCACAGAAGCAACUCCAUUAAUAUCCCGCUAAGUAUAUCGACCGGGCAACGUUUGCCCGCCAACUUUAAUUUCGGACAGUUGGCUAGCUCUCCACCGAGCAGCACUUCUUCCGGCAGCCUGGGGCCUUUCUUGAACACGCCAUUGGCUGAUAUUACUAAAGAUCCCUCUAUUUACACCAACUUAUUGCCGCGGCCUGGUAGCAAUGAUAAUUCAUGGGAGAGCCUAAUAGAAGUAACUAAAACAUCCGAAACCAGCAAACUGCAGCAGCUCGUUGACAAUAUCGAACAUAAACUAAGCGAUCCAAAUCAGUGUGUAAUAUGUCACCGGGUGUUGUCGUGCAAAAGCGCCUUACAAAUGCAUUACAGGACGCACACGGGCGAACGGCCGUUCAAAUGCAAGAUCUGCGGUCGGGCAUUCACCACAAAAGGCAAUCUGAAAACACACAUGGGAGUGCAUCGCGCCAAGCCGCCGAUGCGCGUUCUCCAUCAAUGUCCCGUUUGCCACAAAAAGUUCACCAACGCCUUGGUGCUCCAGCAACACAUCCGUCUGCACACCGGCGAACCAACCGAUCUCACUGCCGAGCAAAUUCAGGCAGCCGAAGUUAAAGACUUUCCUUCACCGGGCGGCUUUCCGGGCCUGCCCAAUUCCAUGCACCCAUUCCUCGGCCAGGGCUUCCCAGUACCCGGCCUAUCGCCCCUCGGUCCGGGCUUCCCCAUGAACAUGAAGUUCGACAGCAAAGACGAUCACGACGAAGACAUGGAUGAAGAUGACGAAGACGACGAGGACAUGAUGAGCGAGCACCAAAACAUGCCGCCCUUUUCUUCAUCACCAUUGGAUAUCCACAACAACACCACAGGAGGGCCCAUCAACGCGAUAGCAUCUCAGUUCUCCAACAGCGGUCUAAACUGCUCUGCUGAGGAUUUAUGUUCAAACAGAGCUUCAUCGCCUGCAAUGCAGAACGGAGAAAAAUCCCCAAGCCAAUCGGGAGUUACAAGUCCAGAGAGUUCAGAAAUACGUUCGGAUCAAUCUCCAAACCAAAUAUCCACCACGCCCGUCCAGAUUCCUCGUCCACCAUCAUCUCAACAGGCCGGAAGCCCUACGCCAUCUGAUUGCAAUUCAAUGGGCGCCCUAGAUUUGACACCAAGAAAUAACAGUCAACCUUUAUUGACAAGUCCAGGACCUAGUCCAGGUCCUCCACCAUCUCUAUUUUCCGCUUUCGGGCUUUUACCCCCGGGUACCCCAGGAAAUUCUCCAUUGAUGACAUCGGCCUUAUCUUCACUCACCUCUUCAGUAUUGACGUCGACCUCCUUCAGUCCCCUAAGAUUGGCCGUUGGACCAACAGCGGGCAGAGGCAACACCACCUGCAACUUAUGUUUUAAAACCUUCGCCUGUCAUUCGGCCCUAGAAAUUCACUACAGAAGUCACACCAAGGAGCGGCCCUUCAAAUGCACGGUUUGCGAUAGAGGAUUCUCCACAAAAGAUGGUUGUGUGUGCAAGCAGAGGCGUAUCCAGGACGAAGCCGAGCCUUGGCGGGCUCGCAAACGAAAACCUGCCCCUCGCAAGUCCGUACCGUCUGUAUUCCCUUUGCCGAUGACGCCUGGAUACGCCUCAAAUUGGAUGCAAAUGGCGGGCAAUAUGAAACAGCACAUGCUGACUCACAAGAUCCGCGACAUGCCUCAGCACAUGUUCGAUAACAAGCCCCCGUCCAUCUCCGGGGACGACUCCACCCCCCUACCGCCAAGCCUGCCGCCCCGCGAGCCGCCAACAAGCGACGGGGAGCAGUCGCAAACCCCCCAGCCACCUCAUCACCAGCAAAUUCCGCAGAUGCCGCUGAUCCAAGUUCCUCAACCACCGCCACCUCAGAUAGAGCCCAAACCGGAGCCGCAACCGAUCAAAAGAGAGCCCACCGAAACUGAGCUGCCGCUGCCGAAACGCCCGCCAAGCUUACAAUCCAGUAAGCACUUGUGCCACGUUUGCAACAAGAACUUUUCCUCGUCAUCGGCCCUACAGAUUCAUAUGCGCACUCACACUGGGGACAAACCGUUCAGAUGCACCGUCUGUCAGAAAGCUUUCACCACCAAGGGCAACCUCAAGGUUCACAUGGGAACGCAUAUGUGGAGCAACGGAGCGUCCCGACGCGGACGUCGCAUGUCUCUAGACCUGCCCCCCAUCCCCAUGACGCCCAAGGAUUCAGAAUUUCUGCAGCGGAGACCAGACCUCUUUUACCCGUACCUUCCGGCACCUUUCCUUAACGGAAUGCAACAAAAGCUGAACGAGAUGUCAGCAAUCCAAAACAAUCAAAACGGCAUAUCGGGCGCGGGCAAAUACAGCGGCCUGCUGGGUUUCGGCUAUCCGCCGCCGGAGGCGCUACGAUCUCAGGCGGGUUCUCCGAACGAGCGGUCUGAGAGACCGCCGAGCCGGGAACCCGAGGGCCGCGGCGGUCUGUGGGACCUUCACUUCGAGAGAAAGGCGGCGGCGGCAGAGGCGCCUAGAGAGGACAUCAUGCCGGCGUCCAGGGAAGGCCUGGCCGCCUGAGAUGAUCCCUAGAAGGUUCCUAUUUUCAUUAAAAUAAAUAACUAGUCAACUAGUAGAGUGACGGACGAGGUGUUGCGUACGAUAUCCAAGGUAGCUAGCAUCAUAGGUCGGCUCGUUGAGUUUCGCGAGGUCAUGUAAUGACGUUUUUGCAACUGUCAUUUCGACAGGGAUAUUUUCUCGUGAAAAACGGAUUGGGGCAAUGCAUAUACUGUGAUACACCAGCCGUAGGCGAGCGCUGCUGCUGUGUAAAUUAGAGUUAUUUAAAAAAACUUGAUGAAGAAAAAAUAUUAAAAUUAAGUAUUAGGUAUCCUGUACUAUAUUAGCUAAGUGUGUAAAUGAUAACUCAACAUAUAAACGUUUGCUGUGUUAUAUAUAAAUAUAUAUAUAUAAAUAAAUAUAAAUAUUAUGUGUCCAAUGGACAUUGGCGAUGCCAGUAUCUAGCUUUACAUUUGUACAUACAAAACAAAAAACUUAGUUAUGUAAUAAAUAUCACUGUAAUGUUAUAGAUGUUGUCCAUUUUUUGUUUUUGACAUGGUCGCAAUCUAUGUAAAUACAUCAUCACUAUGUACCAUGAGACUGUUUUAUUAUUAAUUAUUUCAUUACAUUAUAAUUGUAUGCUUGAAUCCCAAAUCCCAGUACAAACCCCCAUUUUUAUUUAUGUAUCGAAAAAAAAUUUACGUAUCUAAAUUAAUAAGUAUUGUUUAUUAACGUCUCAGUUCAUAAACAAUAUGUCAUGUAAAUCUAUGAAACAAUUUGAAAUUUUUUUAUUUCAGAAUAAAUGUACAAAUAUUUUUAACUGGUAACGUUAUUGAAUCUAUUGUCUGUAUUUACAAACUCGUACAAACCAG